AUGCCUGCCCUAGUAUAUGACACAAACACCACAGCCUUCGAACUAGUCAGCGACUACAAAUCCAUCAUCCAAGACAAGACAAUCUUAAUCACAGGAGCUUCUCCAGGAUCACUGGGUGGGCAUUACGCUCAAAAUAUCGCAAAAGCCAACCCCGCUUGCAUCAUCCUUGCCGGCCGGAACACAACCAAACUAGAGCAAUGUACCAAAGAAAUCCAAGUCGCAAGCCCCAAAGUCAAAAUCCGCACUUUGAAAUUGGAUUUGAGUUCCUUGCAGAGUACGCGUGAUGCAGCAGCCGAGGUAGUAAACAACUGGGAUGAUAUUCCCGUCAUCGACGUCCUAGUCAACAAUGCCGGCAUCAUGGCGCCGGAAUAUGGAGUUUCGGUCGAAGGAUUUGAAUCGCAAUUUGCUACGAAUCAUCUUGGCCCUUUUCUUUUCACGAAUUUGAUUAUGACAAAGAUUCUCAAAUCUACCAGUCCAAGGAUUGUUAUGGUUGCUAGUGAUGGGCACCGACUUAGCCCGUUGCGGUUUGAUGACUAUAACUUCGAUGGAGGAGAUACCUACGAUAAAUGGGUUGCCUAUGGACAGUCUAAAACAGCCAAUAUGCUGAUGGCAUUGUCGUUGGCGAAUAAAUUGGGGAUCAAGCAUGGCCUGCUUGCGUUUAGUAUACACCCCGGUGUUAUUCUCACGAACUUGGGAAGUCAUCUUGAUUGGGAUGAUGUGGAUGUGAAAGGACUCUGGUCAACUGAUCGUCGGCUGGGAAAUGCAGAAGGUUGGAGAACAUCCUUUGAUUUCAAGACACCGGAAAGAGGCGUCGCAACACAUGUUUAUGCUUCUUUCGACCCUCUUCUUAAAGCGAACAAUGGCGCCUAUCUCAUCGACUCACACAUCGCAGAUUACUUGCAAGAUACUCUGAAACCAUGGGCAACCAGUGGCUUCGAAGCAGAAAGGCUAUGGAGAUUGAGUGAAAAUUUGGUGGGCGAGAAAUUCCCUUACUAG